CAUUGCAGACAAAACGUUUGGGAGGUGUAGUGGAAGAAAAGCGAGAAAAACGGAGUAAAUGAGAGCACUUUUUGUCCAGGUUAUUGAAGGAUUUAUCAGCUAAAUAAAUCGCCGAAACAGCUCAUUAUAAUGCAACGGACACACUAUUGAAAUCCUGUCCAGGUAACUGGUGAAAAGACGACUCCAGGCUCCUGUCCUGGACUGAGCGAAGCACACUUGGGGAACAGAGCUGUGCCUUUCCCUGUCAGAACCCUGGACACACCAACCUGCCCACCAACAUGACCGAUGUAGCGAUAGUGAAGGAGGGAUGGCUGCACAAAAGAGGAGAGUACAUUAAGACCUGGAGGCCCAGGUAUUUUCUGCUCAAGAGUGAUGGUACAUUCAUUGGCUACAAGGAACGACCACAAGAUGUUGACGCGCUUGAAACACCUUUAAAUAACUUCUCAGUAGCACAGUGCCAGCUGAUGAAGACGGAGAGGCCCAAGCCCAACACAUUCAUCAUCCGUUGCCUGCAGUGGACCACUGUUAUUGAGCGCACCUUCCACGUGGAGACCCCCGAGGAGAGGGAAGAAUGGACGAAGGCCAUUGAGGCCGUUGCAGACGGUCUACAGAAACAGGAGGAGGAGAUGAUGGACUCCUCCCCAGACCCAAUGGACAUGGAGAUGUACCUGACCAAACCCAGACUCAAAGUGACUAUGCACGACUUUGAAUACCUCAAACUCCUAGGAAAAGGCACUUUUGGCAAAGUGAUCCUGGUGAAGGAGAAGGCCACGGGACGCUACUAUGCCAUGAAAAUCCUGAAGAAGGAAGUAAUCGUAGCGAAAGAUGAAGUGGCACACACACUCACAGAAAACCGAGUGCUCCAGAAUUCCAAGCAUCCGUUCUUGACGGGCCUGAAAUACUCCUUCCAGACCCAUGACCGGUUGUGUUUCGUCAUGGAGUAUGCGAACGGCGGAGAGCUGUUCUUCCACCUUUCCCGGGACCGGGUGUUCUCGGAGGAGCGGGCGCGGUUCUACGGGGCGGAGAUCGUGUCAGCACUGGACUACCUGCAUGCUGAGAGGAACGUGGUCUACAGAGACCUGAAGCUGGAAAAUCUCAUGCUGGACAAAGACGGACACAUAAAGAUCACUGACUUUGGACUGUGCAAGGAGGGGAUCACAGACGGGGCCACCAUGAAGACCUUCUGUGGGACGCCAGAGUACCUGGCCCCAGAGGUUCUGGAGGACAAUGACUACGGCCGGGCGGUGGACUGGUGGGGUCUGGGCGUGGUCAUGUAUGAAAUGAUGUGCGGUCGGCUGCCCUUCUACAACCAGGACCACGAGAAGCUGUUUGAGCUCAUCCUCAUGGAGGACAUCCGUUUCCCACGCACCCUGGGCCCUGAGGGCAGGUCCCUGCUCUCAGGCCUGCUCAAGAAGGACCCCAAGCAGCGGUUAGGUGGUGGACAGAAUGAUGCUAAGGAGAUCAUGCAGCACAAAUUCUUUGCUGGGAUUGAAUGGCAAGAUGUUUAUGAGAAGAAGCUGGUCCCGCCCUUCAAGCCGCAGGUUACCUCAGAAACGGACACACGGUAUUUUGACGAGGAGUUCACAGCACAGACCAUCACUAUUACGCCGCCCGGACAAGAAGACAGCAUGGAGUCGUUUGACAGCGAACGGAGGCCCCACUUCCCACAGUUCUCCUACUCAGCGAGUGGGACAGCCUAAACACCCCUUCUCAUUUCUCUGGUCCCACCAUUUCCCCUCACCCCACCAGACUGCACAUCCAACUACAUUCGCCCUAUCCUUUUUUUACUUCACCAGUGUCGCAGAUAGUAUUGUUGAACAGACAUUUGCUAUCUGCAGGUUCGGUAAUUAUAUGGGAAAAUACUUCAUACUACACAAAUGAAAAACUGGUUGUUUCUGUGGCUUCUUAAGACUUUUCUAAUGGUGAGAGAUAACACUACAGUGCAUUUCAUGUUUGUCUUGAUGUGUACAGACAGACAAGCUUGAUGUUCAUAAAACCACACUUUAUAGGAAAAGGGUGGCAAUGCAGCAAUGUGGUAUAUCAUUUUAGAAUGAUAAGGCUACACUUUCCUAAACUUCUGUUUGCUUUGCUUCUGUCAGCACCUGUAAUAUUUGUCACAUACUAUUCACAAAGUUAACAUUUGCCCUGAACAUUUUAGGUGACCAUAAGGAUUGUAUCGGAAUUAGCCAUGUAAAAUGUAAAUGUAUUUUGCUGUUCUUUGUUUAAGACAAAGACAUAUUGUGGACCAACAGCAACAACAUUAGAUUACCAAUGACUUAAUUUUCCAUGUAGUGGGAGGUUAAUCUUAUUUAGAUAUUGUUAUCAAGACCUUCACACUACACUAUCACUAUUCGACCAACACUUUGAAACACCUUGGGCUGCCAUUGAAUGUACCCAAUCAAUAAAAUGUAUAAUUCUGCAUACCUAACUGUUGUAGAACAUGGUUGAUUCUCAUAGGACUUCCAUCCCUCAAAAUAACAUUCUUAUCAGACUGUUAGAGCCCCGAAACAUUAUAGAAGAAAGUGAGAAUGACCACUGUCAGAGCGCUGCCACUCCAUAAUCAGUCUAAUGAGAAAUUGUGCAAUACAAUGGCAGACACUUAAAGAACUGAUUCUGAGAGCAGGCAUACAAUGUAAAUGUGUUAAAGCUUGCCAUCACUGAAUCUCAGAACUGUGUCUACACGGUCAAUUGGAUAUCCAUUUGCUGUUGUCCCAUUGAAAAGACAGUUACUCUGGACUAUGUGCUUGGAUCAUGAUGCCUUCCUGUCUGAAUGCUGUGUUCAAAACACUCUCGGCUGCUUCUUUCUGAACUGGCCAGUCAGGUACUGAUCCUUUCUGCCCAAUCAGGGAAUCUUCUCUCUUCUGUCUCCUCUGGGUUGUUCCUCUUCUACAGUAUUGGGUGUUUUCCUCCCAGUGCACUCACUACAGCCUCAAUGAGGUCACUAUAACAACACACACUCCUUUAGGACUUACUCCAUAAACAAGCUGGGCUGUGGUUAAGGGGAAAACAAGUUGAGUCAGCUUUGAUCUCUAUAGGUAGGGAUGAGGAUCCAUUCCUCUGUACAUGGUUCUGAGUUGUUAUUUAUAGAAAACCAGCAAUGAAAAUGAGUUUGACUGUGCCAAUGAUAUGCAAUUUCCUGCCCCAAAACAUGUAUGUAUUUGUACACUUAUUUGUACUUGUUACACUUUGCAGUCGGAAAUGACUGAAUCAGAGCAUAAUCUCUCGAUGUCAAUUCUGAAAGGUGUGAACUAUGAAAGGCUUGUUUACGUAAUUAACCCCCCCUAUACAGAUUGCUGUAGAUAAACUGAGAAUCUUGGAAAUGCUUUUUGGGGAAACUGCGCAAUGAGUGUUUCAAGAAAACUGCAGUGUUUUCAGAUGACUGAUAACUCAAAAGUUAAUCAUAUGUUAUUGAAUGUAAAGGCAUUUUUAUUUUCACCUCAAUUCCUUUUUCUCAAACAAACAAUUGUUCAAUUGUUAGAUUGGAUUAUUGCUUAUUCCUGUGCUCUCACCCUUUGCUGUCACCCUAUGAAAAUUGGGAAAUGACUUUUAUACCUUUCUUUUUCAAAUGUUUGUGCCUGCCCUUUCCCAUUCCUGAAACUGAGGACACCAGCUUUAGUAAACAAAUAAUAUAACCUUUGUACACACUGUUUUUACGGUUUUGUAUUUUCUUUCAAAUUGAUUAUAUAAAAGGUCUUAACUAAA